CUGAAAAUAUGAUUUACUUUCUUAUAAUUCUAAAUCUGCUUGGAUCAGUUAAAUUUUCAAACUUGGAAUCAAUUUACCGAAAUUGCAAGGACGCUCUUGAAUCGAAUAAUUUUAUAGAUUCGAUGUAUUCAAUUCAGCCCGUACCUAAUGGAACGAUAGCUGGUAUAACUUGUUCUUUAACUGCUGAAGAUGAAAUUAUAACGGAAAUUGGAAAUGAUGUUGAACAAAACAAACGUUUAACUGUACAGUCUGGCACUUUAUCAAUCAAAAUCAAAUACGCAAAUUUAACAAAUACAGAAUUAAGAGUCCUUAUUAAAAGUUCUGGAAUUUGUUCUCAACAAAUGUCUCUUACUCUGCGAAAUGUUCAUGAUAAAUUUAUCUCAUUUACAUUUUUGGAUGGAAAAGUGUACAAAUUACGUCAUUUUAAUGAUGGCAUAUGUCAAUGUUUAACAAGCGAAAUUUGUGAUAAACUGCAAAAUCGUAUGGAGAACUGCAAAAACGUUGGAAAAAAUCAAGGAUAUAGUCAAAGUUAUGAUCUGUCUGGUGAAAUUUCAGUGUUACCUCACAGAUUACCACUUAUACAGACAAGGUAUGGUGAUAUUAAUGGCGGACAAGAAUAUGCAAAACAUCAUAUCGGUCCACUUAGUUGUUCCAUGAUAUUAAAACUUAAAAGUCCGUUAAUAUUGAAUUCUUACUGUAAGAAUUACAAUUCGUCAUUUUUAAACGAUAACGACUCAACUACUUGUAUUAAAUUUAAAACUAAAUUUGUCAAAUUAAAACUCGACUAUACUGAAAAGAUAAAUUUCACCAUUGGAAAAGAGAGCGUUUUUGAAAUUCAUCCUUAUGUGAACACUUCUAUUGGAAAGAUAAGCUUGUGUAAUCAAGAUACGCCGACAUCUUUCACUUGCAGUAGUUAUUCAAGAUAUAUAUAUGUUUCUCUAUGGACAACUUUGUCAAACGAUAUUGAAGUUUGUGAAAUUCAAAAUUUGACUUGAUAUCGAUCGUAACCGUUCUCUUCUUUAUAUAACAUUGUAUAUAGCUUGUCAAAAAUGACUCUUUGUGUCUGUGUUCAACCAGUGGUUGAACUCACAGUAAAAUAAAAGUCUGGACGGAUUGCUGUUGCAGCAAAACAAGAUGAAACAAUAAAUCGAGAAAGAUA